AUGCUCGGGACGGGGUUCAAGGUGGCCGUGCUGGCAGCUGCAGUCGCGUGCUACGUGCGCCCGCAGCUGCUGCUGCUGCUGCUCGGACCUCUUCUAGGAUCAGAGCUGGAUGAAGAAGACGCUGAUCCGUUGAAGCGCGUGCUGCGGGGGCUCUUGACGCUGCUGAGCUGGGGCUUGGCUGGAGGUCUUCGACCUUCCUGGGUCCGUGUGCUGGUGGCUGUGGCAGCGCUGCAGCUCGUUUUCUGGGGUUUAGAGAUCGAUGACGACGCGGUGCUGGGGGUGAAUGUAGCCAUUGAGAAGGACGGGCUGGUAGCGGGCGCUGCGGCGUGUUUUGCAGCUGUUGUAGGCAUUCUACUGUUUGGAGGCAAAAGCGACGCGAGGGAUCGUUUCCGGAAGAGACUGGUGACGUUUUAUACAAAGCACAACCCUGGGAAGCUCCGACAAGUGGACGAACUGGUGGAGAAGUACGAACUGAAUGAAGAGCUGCUGUUUCAGCGGCUGCAUCGAAAGUACAAUGCGCUAGCUGCUGGAGCAGCUAGCCACUCGGUGAUGAAGAAGAUUGACGAGAGUGAGUUUUUGUAUGAAGAGGAAGAAGAGGAGAGAGUCGAGUCGGACGAGGAGGGUACUACUGAUCGGGUAGGAGAACCGGAGGGGUACGUGGGGGACAAGAAGGAAUUGCAGAAAUACGUUAGCGGUCGACAAGAAAGGGAUGUAAGUGCUGAGAAAGCUGGCAAAGUGAGUACAGGUCGUGGUGCGCCAAUGCCUCGUCAAGUGGACCCUGAGGAUUAUGACGAUAUGGACGGCACGCCUCCCGUAUCGCCACGCACGGCCGGAACGUUAGCACACACGCGCCGCCAAUCGUCCGUGCUGAUUAAGAACGCGAUUGUGCUUGCACGCCAGGAUCAAAAAGAACGCAUCGAGCGCCGCAUUGCUACUAUGGUGUCGAAGAAGGGAGAUGGCUACGCUGGUCACUAA